AUGGAGUACAUUAAGGUAGCAAAGGUGGAAAAUGUUAUACUACAUAGAAAGGGACUAUCAGUUGAGGGCACGCUGCAUCUUACCACUCAUCAUUUGAUUUUUACAAGUGCUAACAUGCCAAGGGAGUUUUGGGUUUCAUAUCCAACUAUUGGGACUGUAUUUAAGAACAAUGGGAGUGCAAUUGUGUCUAGUAAUAGGAACCAGGUGGAUGAGCAUAUAGAUUUAUUGUUUGAAGGAAAGGAUAUUUGGUCUUAUUCGAAUGUUAAAAUAGUAGGAAAGGAUUAUACGAUAUUUUCGAUCGAUUUUCCUGUAGAAUCUAUUGCGCAGGAUGUUUUUGAUUCAAUAUUACGCCUUACGGUAUUAAACCAGGUUUCCCAGCUAUAUGCAUUUAUAUAUACUCCCAAUAAGGCUGAAUUGGGGUAUAGUAGCUGGGACAUAUACGAUGCAGUUACUGAAUUCAAAAGACAGGGAAUUUCAUUUGAUGAAGACUCAGUGUGGCGCAUAACGAAAGUGAACGAGAACUACCAGUUCUGCAGCACAUAUCCUAAGCAACUGGUAGUACCGGCCAGUGUUUCGGACUCGUUACUAACACAUGCCAGCAAAUAUAGAGCGCGAAACCGCAUUCCUGUAUUAACAUACUACUAUAAAAAGAGCGGUGCGUCAAUUACGAGAUCUGCACAACCACUGCCGGGUUUAACUCAGCAGCGUUCGAUACAGGAUGAAAAGCUCGUCUAUGAAGCUUUCAAGUGCGCUCCGACUGAGACUUGCAAGAACUUAAUUGUUGAUGCACGGCCUGCAACGAAUGCCAUGGCACAGACAGCAUUGGGAGGUGGAACAGAAAACAUGGACUACUAUAACUUUGGGAACACUUGUAGUAGGAUGUUUCUGGGCAUAGAUAAUAUCCAUUACAUGAGAGACACACUUAAUUUCGUUGUUGAAAACUUCCUAGUUGAUAACGAUUUAAACCUGUCUAUAGAUAAAAACUUGCUAAACAACAGCAAGGCAAGUAACUGGUUAAAGUACAUCAGGCUGUUGCUUUCAUCUGUUGAUACACUAGCAAAAUCCAUUAUUUUCAACAAGUCCAAUAUGCUCAUCCAUUGUUCAGAUGGUUGGGAUCGUACAGCUCAGAUUUGUUCUCUUUUACAAGUUUGCCUAGAUCCAUAUUUUAGGACUUUAGAGGGGUUUAUGAUCUUAGUGGAGAAAGAUUGGCUGUCCUUUGGCCACAGGUUUGGUGAAAGAUGUGGUCAUCUAAGCUCCGAAUCGAUUUUUCGCGACAAUUCAAUCAAUCGUCUCAAUAUAUCAAAUAAUAAUUCCAGUAUUGCCUCUGACUGGGGUGAUACCUCAGAGCAUAACGUAUCUUCUUCAACUUCCGAGCUAAUGAUGCGGAAGGCCGCCCAAAUCAAAAAGAAAACAAGCCCCAAACUUAGCGCUCCGAUAUUUCAGCAAUUCCUUGAUUGCGUCUAUCAACUACUAUUGCAGAAUCCCGGCCAAUUUGAAUUCAAUGAACGCUUUUUAAGGAGACUAGUGUAUCACCUUUAUUCCUGUCAAUAUGGAACAUUCAUUUUUAAUAAUGAGCAAGAUAGAGUUAACAGUGAGGCAUCCUCAUUAACCCGCAGCGCCUGGGAUUAUUUUCGAUCUCGAACGAAGGAAUUCACCAACCCAACAUACCGUCAGUACGAUGCUGAUGAAGAGGAAGAUUGGAUUUUGCCUGAUUUAAAUAAAACUCAGUGGUGGUGGCAAUUAUUUGGUCGUAAAGAUGACGAAAUGAUAGAGACUGGUCUGCAAGAUCCUAAUGAAGUUAACAACCAAGCGUCACUACAGGUUAAUGACGAAGGGAGCACUAGCAAAAUAUACAACAUUACUUCGAAAAUCGCUACGUUUUCCUUGGAUAUAUUUGGCAAGAAGUGA